AUACCUUUAAUCCAAUUUAAUUUCUUGUGAUUAUUAUAAUAAUUAUCCUUUAAUUCCGCACCUUGAGCAAAACCCUUUAUAUUGUCGUAGCUGUCUCUACAUUAUUAUUUCCCUCCUCAUUCUUCCCGCGAUGGCCCAACACAAAAAUAAGCUCAGGAAUUUGGCUUACAAUAUCAAAGACAAAGCCUCUGUUAUAGUUGGCACCCUCUCCAUCAAGCGCCACGUGUCCUCCGUCCGAGUCCGCGUCCUCCGCGCCACUACCCACGCUCUCACCGGCCCUCCCUCCGAGGAUCGAAUCGCCGCCGUUCUUGCCGUCGCAUCAUCCAACAACACCUCCCACCUCCUCCCCCGUGUCUGCAUCGAUGCCCUGAUGGACCGCCUCCACCGCACCGGCAGUGCCACCGUGGCACUCAAGUGUCUCUUCACCCUCCACAACGUCGUCGUCAAGGGACCCUUCACCCUCAAAGACCAGCUCGCCUAUUACCCUUCCUACGGCGGCCACAACUUCCUUAACCUCUCAACCUUCCGCGACGACUCGGACUUGGAAUCGCUCCAACUCAGUGAUUGGGUUCGUUGGUACGCCGGCGUCAUAGAACAAAGCCUAACCGUUUCAAGAAUCCUAGGCUAUUAUCUCCGAUAUUCAUCAUCUUCUUCUUCUAACACCAUCCAAGAAACAAACUCUUUGACUCUUGGAACUUCAAACGCGGAUUUACUGUACAAGAUAGAAGCUCUGGUAGCGUUCUUGGAACAGCUAGGUAAGGUUCCAGAGUCAUUGCAGCUUCAGAAGAAGGAGCUGGUUUAUGAAGUGGUGAAGCUUGUAGGGGAAGAUUACAGAAGCGUUCAGAGAGAGAUAGUGAUGAGGUUGGAGGAGAUGGAAGGUAGAAUGGAGAAUUUGGAUGUUGGUGAAGUGAGUGAGUUGGUUGGGUAUGUGAAGAGGAUGGAGGAGUGUAAGGAGAAGCUUGUGAUGCUGUUCGUUAAUAAAGGGAGGAACGGUGGCUUCUGGGAUUUGGUUAGAGAAACGAAGGAGAGAGGGUUGAAGAUCAAAGGGGAAAUUGAAGGCAAGUGGCUCACGGUGGUGGUGGCUUCCAACACCGCCGCCGAUUCCACCCGGUUUAACACUAACCCGUUUCUUGAACCCGGUCAAACCAGUCCGGUCCCACUCACCAGUUUUGCUUUUGCAACGGUAAGAUGACAACCAACGGUCUUUUUUCUUUCACUCCAAAGGUGGCUUUUUCCUUUUUCUUUUUUAAAAGAUAUUUUUUGGUUUUUUUCUUUAAUUUCUUUUGUUAUAGUGGUGUGGGUGUGGGGAUGGCUGUCUGCUGUUGUGUGCAUAAUUAAAGUGAUCGCAUGUAGACAGAUAAUUCGUGUAUAUUGUACAGAUAAAUCAUAAUGUGCAGUUGAAGAUAGAGAUUUAUGUAGCAAAAUCACAAAUAUAAAUAAGAAUUUUCUAAGAGAAUUUUUUA